AUGGGAGCGUCGGGAGAAUGGCUGGAGAAGGCGUUGGUGGAUCUAUACCAGAAGAUGGAAACGGGUCUGGGUCUGGAUAAGGAUAUGAUAUCGGGUUUAGUCUCCUACUGUGAGCUCGCUGAUCCUCAAGACGCCAAGGAAUACCUUGACAACAUAAUUGGGCAAGAGGUGGGUAAGUCUGUAAUUGAGGAAUAUUUACAGAAAAGAGGUCGCGCAGAUCUUUGCAGCACCCCAGCUUUCCCAACCUCAAAUUUACAUGCCUAUGUUAAACCACCCUCAAAUGAAGGUUCUGCAAGUGGAACCAAGAAACCAUUGAAAACGCCAAAAGUGGCUAGAGGCGCCAGUGAUCAGGCAGCUUCCAGCAAUCAGGUCAAGCAGGAUUCAACUAAGACCAGUGAGUCAAGAACCACAAGUAAUGCAAACCAAGGUAAUUCUAAGAAGAAGAAAGCUGGGAAAGUUGUUUCACUUGCAGAGGCUGCCAAAGGAUCCAUUGUAUUCAACCAGGGGAAGCCAUGCUCAUGCCAAGCCCGUCGCCACGGACUGGUGAGCAAUUGUUUAUCUUGUGGGAAGAUAGUCUGUGAACAAGAGGGGGAGGGGCCUUGCAAUUUUUGUGGAGCUCUUGUGCUGAAGGAAGGCAGCACGUAUGCUGGUCUGGAGGAAAGUUUCGCUCCCACAUCAGAUGCUGAAGCUGCAGCUGAAGCUUAUGCAAAGAGACUCGUUGAGUAUGAUCGAGACUCUGCAGCACGUACAACAGUUAUUGAUGACCAAAGUGACUACUAUGAAAUUGAAGGGAACAGCUGGUUGUCAAAGGAGGAAAAGGAACUUCUGAUAAAGAAGCAGGAGGAGAUUGAAGAAGCUGAGCGGGCGAAACGAAGUAAAGUAGUUGUGAGUUUUGAUUUGGUUGGCCGCAAGGUCCUUGUAAAUGAAGAUGAAGCUUCUGAAUUAGAAUUAGAAAGCAGAAUUUUGAGGCCGCGAGAUGAAAGGGAAGUGAACCGGAUUAAACCAAAUCCUACUCUUAAAGUACAACCACUCUUUGUGGAUCCAGGCCGUAGUAAGAAGUCUAUUCAAGGUAGACAGGCAAACAAUGGCCCCACCAACGGCUUGUGCUUGGAGAUAACCGGGAGGGUGCAGCAUGUCAACAAUGAAUUAAAACAAUUUAUGAUGGAUGAUCAAUUGGAAAUAGCCUCAAAUGGGAAGUUUUCGGAAGGAACAACUGUAAGUGGGGGUAUGCUUGAUGAUCGUGGAGAAUGUUUUUUAGAUUACCAUUAA